CCACUAUAUAUGUGGGCGAGUAUACACUCGGAAGAGUAAUUAUUAGCAUUUGCAGGAGGGGAUAAAGAGUUGGAUCCGAAGAAGAAGAAGAAGAAGAUGAUGAUCAUGGAGAGGAAAUCACUUGGGUUUUUCUUGUUGCUGCUCAUUUUCUUGGCUUCUCAAGAGAUGAUUAUGCCAAGUGAGGCAAGAGUUUGCGAGUCACAGAGCCACAAGUUCCAGGGAACAUGCGUGCGCGACAGCAACUGUGGUCUGGUGUGCAAGAACGAAGGUUUCUCUGGUGGCAAAUGCCGAGGAUUCCGUCGCCGUUGUUUCUGCACCAAAAUUUGUUAACUGGUGCUACCCGCAGAGAUGAGGAUCAUUGCACGCAUGCAGCAUAUGGUUUUUAAUUAGUAGAUCGAAGUAAUUAAUGAAUAAUUGCCAUGCAUAUUUGUAGCUCUAGCCUCUAGGGGUUAAAGUACUUUGGCUUUGUGAGUUAUAAUAUAAAUUAUCAUGCAUGGAUAUGUGUUGUUAAUGCUGGAUCUUGUAGUGAUCUAUUAGUACUGUCAUCUAGCCAUGACUUUCUUGCUCGAUCCAUAGUGUUUGUAAUUUGUUUGAAUAAAAGUACUGAGCCUGAGUCAA